AUGGAGCGUCCUGCACAGAGCCCCGACCUGAACCCUACUGACCAUCUUUGGGAUGGAAUGCCGAUUGUGAGCCAGGUUUUCUCAUUCAACAUACUAUGGGAACACAUUCCACAGAUACACUUCAACAUUGUGUGGAAUUUCUUCCUAGAAGAGUGGAGUCGGCUCCAUAAAGACAUGAUGUGGAAGAACUCAAGUGUCCUGCACAGAGCCCUGACUUCAACCCUACUGAACACUUUGGAAUUAGUUGCAUCACUGAUUUGGGAGACUGGUAAUGGUAAUGGUACUGGUACUGGUAAUGGUACUGGUACUGGUAAUGAUAAUGGUACUGGUAAUGGUACUGGUAAUGGUACUGGUACUGGUAAUGGUAAUGGUACUGGUAAUGGUACUGGUACUGGUAAUGGUAAUGGUACUGGUACUGGUAAUGGUACUGGUACUGGUAAUGGUACUGGUAAUGGUAAUGGUACUGGUACUGGUAAUGGUAAUGGUACUGGUACUGGUACUGGUAAUGAUAAUGGUACUGGUAAUGGUACUGGUAAUGGUACUGGUACUGGUAAUGGUAAUGGUACUGGUAAUGGUAAUGGUACUGGUACUGGUAAUGGUACUGGUACUGGUAAUGGUACUGGUAAUGGUAAUGGUACUGGUAAUGGUACUGGUACUGGUAAUGGUACUGGUAAUGGUACUGGUUAUGGUAAUGGUAAUGGUAAUGGUAAUGGUAAUGGUAAUGGUAAUGGUACUGGUACUGGUAAUGGUACUGGUAAUGGUAAUGGUACUGGUAAUGGUACUGGUAAUGGUACUGGUACUGGUAAUGGUACUGGUAAUGGUAAUGGUAAUGGUACUGGUAAUGGUACUGGUACUGGUAAUGGUACUGGUAAUGGUAAUGGUACUGGUAAUGGUACUGGUAAUGGUACUGGUACUGGUAAUGGUACUGGUACUGGUAAUGGUACUGGUAAUGGUAAUGGUAAUGGUACUGGUAAUGGUACUGGUAAUGGUACUGGUACUGGUAAUGGUAAUGGUAAUGGUACUGGUAAUGGUACUGGUAAUGGUAAUGGUAAUGGUACUGGUAAUGGUAAUGGUACUGGUACUGGUACUAGUAAUGGUAAUGGUAAUGGUACUGGUAAUGGUACUGGUAAUGGUAAUGGUACUGCUAAUGGUACUGGUAAUUUUACUGGUACUGGUAAUGGUACUGGUAAUGGUACUGGUACUGGUACUGGUAAUGGUACUGGUACUGGUAAUGGUACUGGUACUGGUAAUGGUACUGGUAAUGGUAAUGGUACUGGUAAUGGUACUGGUAAUGGUAAUGGUAAUGGUACUGGUAAUGGUACUGGUAAUGGUACUGGUAAUGGUAAUGGUACUGGUACUGGUAAUGGUAAUGGUAAUGGUACUGGUAAUGGUAAUGGUACUGGUAAUGGUACUGGUAAUGGUACUGGUAAUGGUACUGGUACUGGUAAUGGUACUGGUACUGGUAAUGGUACUGGUAAUGGUAAUGGUACUGGUAAUGGUAAUGGUACUGGUAAUGGUACUGGUAAUGGUACUGGUAAUGGUAAUGGUACUGGUACUGGUAAUGGUAAUGGUACUGAUACUGGUACUGGUAAUGGUACUGGUACUGGUAAGGGUACUGGUAGUCGAUGGGAGAUUCAGAAUCGGACAAAAACUCCAGAAAAAUUGGAAAAUCCAAUAGCAGUUGAACCCGGAGAUGAUUCCAGGCUUAUUAGGGACGAGUCUGGGAUGGUCCUUUGA